AUGGUGGAAUCGGGCCUCAUGCAAGCGGUCGUGAUCGUGGUGGGGUUGACCGUACUGGUGAUGGUCUGUAUUUUGUUUCAAGGAAGACCCAGGCCGAAUGCUUUCUCCCCAGAACAGCUCGGCCAGAUACGAAUUAAUCGAGAGAUGGCGAAGGAGGCACUACUAGAGGAGAAGGCACAGAGAUUGAAGGAGCGCGCUCGAAUCCACAGGCACAAUCGGCUGGUCCUUACGGCGCGCAAGGGUGCAGGCCGUUUGCUCCACGGCGCGCAAGAGCGAUGGGAUGCGCGGGGCAGAUCUAUCUACGGAGAUGCGUGGGACGACCCCCACGACGGAAACGUGCCUCUCAGGACCCUCUUCAACCUCCCGAAAGAGGAAAUUGACUCGAUUCGAGAAGAGGCAAGCAGACUUCUCGAGUCGGAGCCAGCCAGCGACUUCUCAUCACUACCGACGCCCCCAGGACAGCAGCGCCGGGUCCGAGACGGUUCAGCUUCAAGCGUCAGGAGAACAACGGAUUCCGACCAAGACGACCAUCGAGCCAUGACAGCACCAGCCCGCCGAGGGCCUGCUUACGGCAACGGUCGGUCACCUACGGCCGCGCCGUUCGUCGACUCGCGGUUCGUCCACCUGUCGACAUCACCAGCCGUUGUGCCACCACUUGACUUCGCCCGGCUAAACAACGACCCCAGCAAGUUUCCGCCAGGAGAUGUCUGGUCCUAUCCGGCUGCAAAGGGUGGCGAGAUGCUUCGUGACAGACUUCCUACACAAGAUCGGAACCCGAACUCAAGACAACGCAUGCGAGUACAAGCGCGCAAUGGUCCUGCCAGUGGCCACACCACCCGCGACGACCAAGAGCUUCAUGGUGGCCCCGCGGUCAUCAGUUCAUUUCAAGCCCCGGGACUAACCCACCCCGAACCUCCAGCUGUUCCGUUUCUGAGAGCGAAACCAGAAACAGAGAGCAAAGAGUUAGGACGUGAAAGCUUGUCAGCACGGCUUGCGAGGCUCGCUGCCGGCAGAACUCCGGGCAGAGUGGUACCAGUAGAGCUUGUGUGAGUGAAAUGUAGGGAAGCAAACUUCUUUGUCGUUUGGUCCAGAAACAGACCAACACUUGCGUUGCCGU